CAAUCACCCAUCGUGGGUAGGAGCCACACGCAUCACAGGCUACAACAACAACAACAACAACAACAACAACAACAUCAUCUUGAUCAAUCAACGUCGUCGUCGUUCUCAUCGCCGCCACCGGCUCGCGACCACGAGGCAGCGGAGCGAGAGACGUCGUCUUCUGUCAGCAUGGUGUGGACGGGCGGCGACGUCUCGGAGGCGGCCGAGUCCUCCGAGCUGUUCGCGCGACGCAUCGCCCUCUUGAGACCGGUGCGGUGCGAGCCCACGAUCGACGAGGACCACGUGCGGUACGUGCAGACUCCUCGAGAGGCCGAGCUGACGGAACGCGUCUGCGUCCGAGACUGCGUGGUGGCGUUGGCCACUGCCAAGCUGCGGCGUCACCUGUGCGUCACCCUCAUCAAGGCCGCGGGACCUCGGCGAGCCCUCGUACUGGGCGAGCGCGUCGGCGAAGCAGACGACUUCCUCGGCUUCCUGCGGACACUCCUCCCGGUCGACGUGCGCGUCCUCGGGCGACCGACGUCCUGCUGGUCGCGGGCCAUGUUCGAAGGCGUGCGACUCGUGGAACCGGACGUCUUCUUGGAGUUCGUGUCCAGGGGCUUGCGGCCGUCCGGCGACAUGUUCGGGGUCCUGAUCCUGCUAGACUUUCAGCGCUACCUGGAGCCGGAACACCCGUACCGCAAGAUAGUCACCGCGAUUCAAGACUGUCGGGACGGAGAACGAGAAGGGUCGUCGCAGAGCAGGAUGCGGCUGCUCGCCAUCGCCAGCAAGCUGGACGUCUGCAAUCUCGAUUCUCUCGAGUCGGUGCUCAAAGUUCUGAGGACGCCCAUGAGGCUGACUUGUUGCCUCGGAACGGCAGGCAGGCCGCACUCGAAGGAAAUAGAAAUACAGGUGCGCAAGCUUCAUUUAGACCUCCGGAUCUUGAAGCCAGCUGGAACCGCUUCCUUCUUCGACGCCGACGAGGUCAACAAACUCGGCAAGACCCUGCGGGAGCACGGCUUCCUUGCUGCGCACCUGCAAGCCGAGAAGAUAGUCGCAGCCGCACCGAGACCCGUCCCGAGAGAUUUCGUGUCCCAAUGCAGAACUCGGCUCGCCGCUCUCAAGGCCACCGCUGUCCUGGAGUGCUGCCGCGGGAGGACUCUUGCCCUGGUGACGUCGACGCGGUUGCUGCGCGACCUAAAGGAGCACAUCCGGAGAGACGGUUCCGUGCCACUCGUCGAAAGCCAGGUGCCCGCCAACGUCUCUCCGGAGUCUUCGGUUGUCCUGGUGGCCACGACGGGAGACCUGCCGACGCUGUCGCGUCACAGCUGGGGAGCCGUCGUGCUGUGCGACCUGCCUUUCGGCGUCGCCUGCGACGCGCUGCUCAAGAGGGCCUCCAGCGUGGUGGCCCUCGCGGCGGACCACGAGUGGAGGGCCUGGAAGGAAACCCUGCAGCUGCACGAUGACUUGGAGCUUCUUCUGCAGCGUGUCAAUGAGUGAGCGCGCGUAUGGAAACGAGGAAAGCAGAUUGAGCCACCAGUGUCAGACUGGACAUAUAGCCGCAACACUGCUUCGUCAACGCAUGCUUCAAAUGAUACAAAUUACGGUCGAUGCAUCGACGUGAAUGGACGUGAAGGGUGAUCUCGUUUUUAAUAAAUACAAACGAGCGAAUCGACGAGUACAAAAAGAACUUAUAUAUUGAUAAUAAAAGAGAUUUACGAAAUAAAAUUGUCUCGUUCAAAUGCA